AGAAAUUAGCACGAAAACGCGUGAUUAUUCCAAACUAAUAUCCAGGGGCAAAUCCGUAAAACCCGACACGUACCUAUCAAAUCUAAGAAGCCCCAUAACUCACGCCUUAUAAAUAGCCACAACCAUAUCAUCUUAGAAAAUAAUUAGAAAUUCAUAAGCAAAUCUUGUAUUGAAAAAACAAAUCAAUUUUUUACUUUUCUUAGCGAUGAAACUUUACAACGUUGCAAUCUUCGUUCUUUUUCUAUCUGUUGUGUCGGUCUUUACCGUUUCCGAUGGUAAGGAUGCUCUUGUCGGUGGGUGGACCCCAAUCAAGAACGUGAAAGACCCACAGGUGGUUGAGAUCGCGAAAUUCGCAGUGACAGAGUACGGUAAACAAUCUGGUUCGAAACUGAGUUUCGUGAAAGUGAUCAAAGGUGAGACACAAGUGGUUUCUGGUACGAAUUAUCGUCUUGUGUUGGCUGCGAAAGUUGUUUCUGCGACGAAGAAUUAUGAAGCACUUGUUUGGGAGAAACCUUGGCUUCAUUUGAAGAAUCUUACUUCCUUUAAACCUGUUGCUUGAUUAUGUGAUGUUGUUUCUUCUAUUAUAUUAUUGUAAAAUUAUUAUGAAUUGUACUGUGUAUCUAAUAUCUAAUAUUUAUGUUUAUAAUAAGGUUUUGAUUUAGCAAGAUGAGGCUAAAUCUACGAUUAUGUAUAUGUUUGUGUGUUGAGUUCUAUUUUCUGA